UGCUGCUAAUCGGGCGUGAGAGCGGAGACGUGAAGGGAGAAGUCUGAAGCCUGCUGUUGGGAGGGCAGGAUAAUCAUGGAUAAACCCGAAAACCCGCCGCUUUAGGACCGACCCGGCCGCUGCCGAGCCGGAGGACAGGCAGGGACAACUUCUUAUACCGCCACUGUAGAGACGGAGACGGCGGAGGGUCCCUCCCUGCUGGAAGAAAUGUGGCUAAACCCGGAGGAAGUUCUGCUGAAAAACGCACUGAAGCUGUGGGUGACCGAGAGGAGCAACGACUUCUUCCUCCUGCAGAGGAGGAGAGGCCAUGGAGAGCCGACAGGCAAGAUCACAGGUCUCCUGGUGGGGGCGCUGGACACGGUGCUGGACUCCAACGCCAGGGUCACGCCCUUCCGCAUCCUCCUCCAGGUUCCUGGCUCCCAGGUCAGCUGGGUGAUAGCCAGCGGAGCUGCCAUAGAGGAAGUGAACAAGCACUGGGACUGGCUGAUCCGCAACCUCCUUCACUCUCUGUCUGUGUUUGAGAACAAGGAUGAUGUCGCCAGCUUCGUCAAAGGCAAAGUCAAGGGCCUGAUAGCAGAGGAGGUUCGGGGUCGCCAAGCCGCCCAGGAGGAGGACCCAGAGAAGUUCAGGGAGGCGCUGCUGAAGUUUGAGCUGCACUUCGGCCUCCCGUCAUCAGAGAAGCUGGUGACAUACUUCUCCUGCUGCUGCUGGAAGGGCCGGGUGCCUCGACAGGGCUUCCUCUACCUCAGCAUCAACCAUAUGGCCUUCUACUCCUUCCUGCUGGGGAAAGAAGUGAAGUUUGUGAUCCCCUGGGCGGAAGUGAUGCGGUUGGAGCGGGUCUCCACCGGCCUAAUGACGGAGGCGAUCCGGGUCAGCACACGGCAGCGGCAGAGGGAGUUCUCCAUGUUCCUGAACCUGGACGAGGCCUUUGGGGUCAUCGGUCAGCUGGCUGACAUUGCCCUCAGGCGGCUGCUGGACAGCGAAGGCCUGGAGCUGGACCGAGUCCUGCAGCAACCCACACGCAUCAGCAAGAGGAUCCUAGAGGAACAGGCGUUGAGGGAGUACGUCCUGGCUCUGUUUAGGCUUCCUCGUGGUGAAAGGCUUCAUGAGGUGGCUUCCUGUUCGGUGUGGACACCCCACGCUCGCUGCCAUACAGCCGGUACUCUGUACACCACUGACAGCUAUCUGUGUUUUAGCAGCCGAGAGGAAGGCCGCUGCAUCCUGCUCAUACCCCUCUCAGAGGUGUUGUCCAUAGAAAAAGCAGAGAGCACCAGCGUGCUUCCCAACCCAGUCAUAGUGAGCAUUCGGACCAAGAAAGCCUUUCAGCUAAUUGAGCUGCAGGACAGAGACGAGCUGGUGGAGAGCCUCAACUGCAAACUCAGAUCACUGCAGUGGAAACAGUCCAUGUUCCGCAGCAGCAAAAGCGGCAAGAGGUCUAUGCGCUCCCCGACACCCUACUACACCUUCUACUAUGACACCGGGUACUCUGAUGAAGUGGAGAUCGAGGAGCAGGUUCUUCGUAACACCGUCAACAGUGAGGCUCUGAUGACGGCCUUCAACCAAAACCAACCAGGAACCAACAGCAACAAGAGUAUGGAGCAGGUGAAGGAGAGGCUGUGGGAGGAUCAUUUCUCUGAGUUCGGACGUGGCGUCCACAUGUUCCGCACUGGGAAAAUCCAAAGGCUGGUUUCCAUGGGGAUACCAGAGUCACUGCGGGGCGAGCUGUGGAUGACGCUUUCAGAUGCAUCCACAGAGCUGGAGUCCCAUCAGGGCUACUACACCAGCCUGGUGAAGAAGUCGAUGGGCCAGAGCACCCUGGCCACCGAGGAGAUAGAGCGAGACCUGCACCGCUCGCUGCCGGACCAUCCCGCCUUCCAGAACCCCACAGGCAUCGCUGCGCUCAGGCGUGUCCUCACCGCCUACGCUCACCGCAACCCCAAGAUCGGUUACUGUCAGUCUAUGAACAUCCUGGCGUCGGUGCUGCUGCUCUACGCUAAAGAGGAAGAAGCUUUCUGGUUGCUGGUGGCAGUUUGUGAGAGGAUGCUGCCCGACUACUUCAACCGCAGAGUCAUAGGAGCUCAGGUGGAUCAGUCUGUGUUUGAGAAGCUGAUCAGUGAGCGUCUUCCAGAGCUGGCCGAACACUUCCCAGACCUCUCCACCCUCUCCUCCGUCUCCCUCUCCUGGUUCCUCACCCUCUUCCUCAGCGUCCUGCCCUUCCACAGCGCCGUCUGCGUGGUCGACAGCUUUUUCCUCCACGGAAUCAAAGCCAUCUUCCAGCUGGGUUUGGCUGUGCUGGAGGCCAACGCUGCACAGCUCUCUACCAGCACAGAUGAGGGACAGGCGCUAAUGAUUCUCACAAGUUUUCUCGAGCAGGUUGGAAAUGAAGCGUCAUCUUGUCCUGUGUCCCCUGUGCACGCUGCAGAGGAGACCAGCAGCAGCAACCCUGACGUUCCCGCUGUGAGACACACCAACAUAACCGACCUCAUCAACGAGUCCUAUGAGAAAUUCGGAGACCUGACAGUGAGGCAGAUUGAGAGGCUUCGCUGUCGACAUAGGAUCCAAGUGCUGCAGGCUCACGAAGACACCACCAAAGAAAACGCUCUGAGAGUGGUGACACCGGAUGUUUCCAUCUCUCCAGAGGACUUGGCGAAUGUCUACGACCUUUUCAAGACAGAGCACCUUAUCAGUCUGUACUGGGGUGACACCAGCUCUGCGGCGGCAGCGGAGGCGGCAGCGUGGCGGCACGGCGACUCCUACAUGGAGCGGCAGUACCGGCUGGACCGCCCCCAGUUUAAGAGCCUGUACGGGCUGCUGGCGCCGUGGCCCGGCGGCUCCAACCAGCACACCGACACACUGGCCAACCGCACCUUCACCCUGCUGGACCAGGACUGCGACAAUCUGGUCACCUUCAGGGAGUUUGCCGGCUGGCUGGAUACUUUCUACUGUGAAGAGCUGAAUGAGAAGAUAAGGCUGCUGUACCGUCUGCACAUACCACCAGCUCUGACAGAAAGCGAGGAUGACCCCUCCCUGAUGAAGAGCCCCCUGGUGUCCACUAACAGACCCCUAUAUGUCAAUCUGCCCUCUGGUGUUCCAGGUGAUGAAGUGAAAGAUUACCAGGAGCAGCUGAAGCAGAUGCUGCGGGAUCUGGUCAAAGAGAAGGAGAAAGAUGUGGAGAAACCUCUGCCGCUCAUGAUUCAGCGGGAGUUCAUCCAGUUCUGUAAGACACUGUACAGCAUGUUCCACGGCGACCCAGAGGAGAACGACCUGUUCCAGGCCAUCGCUACGGUAACCAGUCUCGUCCUGCAGAUCGGUGAGGCCGGUCACCGAGGACGCCGCACAGGGUCAGAGGGCACCAGCCGAGAUGAGGCUGAAGGAGCGGAGGCCACGCAGGCGAAUGCCAAGGACCGCCGCUCCUCCGUCUCCGGGGUUUGUGACGGGAGCGCGACGCCGGAGAACGAGUGGACCAUCAGCUACGCUCAGAUCCUGGCGUCGCUAUUGACAGAGCAGGCGCUGGUGAACUUCUUCGAGAAGCCGGUGGAUCUGUCAGCGAAAAUAGCAGCAGCCAAGGAGAAGCAGUACCACCAGCGGGCGGGUCUGCUGACGCUGCAGCACAGGACCAGAUGACUGAAACAUACUGACUUUUGACUUAUGAAGAAAACCACGAUAUCAGUAUCAUUUGACAGAAUGUGACAGAACGCAGCGGCUUCAGCAGCUAAAAUUCAGAAGCUAGUCAGGAAGCCAAAGAGCCUUUUAAGUAAUCUGUAACAUUUAUCAAUAGUAUAAUUGUUGGAAUUGCAACCACACUGGCACAACUUGUUUCUUUCUACACAAGUCACUUAUAGCCUGUGACGACCUGAGCUACUGUGGCCUCUAACUGACAAAAGACAGUGCUGUCUUAAAACUCUAAACUCCCAAAACAUUUUGAGCCAGAAAAACAGUUUAGUUGUGAAGCCUCUAAUCUCAGCAGCUGGCCAUUUAGGAUAUGAUGUAAUUAUUGUCUCCUUAUGUCACCAUGAGGAUGCCUGGCAGUACUGUGUUGCCAAAUAAUUCUUACUAACAACAAUGCAGCAUUAAGGACAAAUCUACCAUGCAUUGAGUUGUUUUUUUUUUUGUUUUUUUUUUUACAGAUUUUAUAACUAUUGUUUCUUUUGUAUUAAAUGUUUUCACUUGCACGCACCUUGAUGUUUUAAAAACUUUUUCAAAUGUAAUGGGAAACAAUCUACAGUGAUCUAAAAGUUGCAGAAUGCAGAACAUGUAAAAAAAAAAAAACAGACCAAUGCUGGAAUUGUCCUUUAAAAUAAAAGGCAUUGCACACAGA